GAUGCUGGGAGGGGGUGACUACAUUGUGUCUAUUGUACGGUGGUUUUUUGUUUUGCUUUUUUUUUUUUAAUUUUUUUUUUUCUCCCCUAGUAUUUUGUACAUCGCACGGGAGGUUUAAAUCCGGAGCGGAAAGCAUGGCAGACGAGCAAGAAAUCAUGUGCAAACUCGAGAGCAUCAAGGAGAUCAGGAAUAAGACUUUGCAGAUGGAAAAAAUAAAGGCCCGGCUGAAAGCAGAAUUUGAAGCCCUGGAGUCUGAGGAGCGGCACCUGAAAGAAUACAAGCAGGAGAUGGACCUGCUGCUGCAAGAGAAGAUGGCCCACGUGGAGGAGCUGCGGCUGAUCCACGCUGAUAUUAAUGUGAUGGAGAAUACUAUCAAGCAGUCGGAGAACGAUCUCAACAAGCUCUUGGAAUCUACCCGUCGCCUGCACGAGGAGUACAAGCCCCUGAAGGAGCACGUAGAUGCUUUGCGGAUGACUCUGGGGUUGCAGAGGCUGCCAGAUCUAUGUGAGGAGGAAGAGAAACUGUCCCUUGACUACUUUGAAAAGCAGAAAGCAGAAUGGCAGACAGAACCACAGGAGCCUCCCAUCCCAGAGUCUCUGGCUGCAGCUGCAGCAGCCGCCCAGCAGCUGCAAGUGGCUCGGAAACAAGAUACCAGACAGACGGCAACCUUCAGACAACAGCCACCUCCGAUGAAGGCGUGUUUAUCGUGUCACCAACAAAUUCAUCGGAAUGCGCCCAUAUGUCCACUCUGCAAAGCCAAGAGCCGAUCCCGGAAUCCCAAAAAGCCCAAGAGGAAACAGGACGAAUGAAACCCAGAAGCCUGACGAGCAAACACCUGACCGGUUCCAGUACUCUUCCAGUAGAACUGCAAACGUGGCCAGACUUUACUGAAGUGCAGACUCAAGUACGACCGACCCAUUGUUUUCUAUUUAAUGCAAUGUAAGCACAAUGUUCCUGUUCUGUCCUAAUUUCCUUCCAGUCCUUAGGAUCCAGGUUUAGGAAAGUAAGUAUUACUGGUGCUACAGUUUAACUUUCAGUCAUUCCAUCUUUUGGACUCCUAAACGAAGUAGAAUUCUUAUGCAAGUAUCCUAAAUGCCAGGCUAUUCCUAUUGGCCAAAUGCGAUUACCAUAAAUGCUUUUACAUUCUCUUUUUACAAACAAUUACUAGAAGAUUAUUCUGUUUUCUUCUGAUAACAGGAGACUAUUUGAAGUGCUGAAAUAGCAGACUGUCUGUUUGUUUCACUAAAUAACAAAUAUGUUUUCCAAGCUAGUAAGACUGCAUAGGUUUGUGUAUUCAGUAGAGCUCUUUUUAUACAGGAAACGUUCAGGAGAAAAAGAAAUUGGUUAUACAGGAAAUCAGUGCAUUAAGGACACACGUGAGUUUUGAUGUACUGGAGUUUGAUUGUACCAUGCCCUCAAACUUGACUUUAAAUUUGGGAGGGGGAUCAAGUUGCUGUCUGUGUAUGAAUUUCUAAAAAUGAUGUAAUUUGUGAUGCUUUAACAUGUUAAUACGGUAUUAUGUCCGGCAGUCAGAAUACUGAUUGUCUUGAGUACAAGGCUCAAAUGAACUGUAUUGGUGGUGCUCCUCAGCUCUAUGGCCAGCAAGCUCAGUGCGGUUCUCUAGGAAACAUGCAUGAAAUAUCCCAAAUCUCUACACGCGCAGACUGCACAUCAGCCAUUCUGCACGUCUUCUGGUCCUGGUUUCCACAGCCAAAGUCUCCCUUGGCAGACAUAUCCUCCCUCCACUGGAGCACAGGGGAGUUCAGUAACAUGCACCAGGAACGGCAACAACUAAAAAUGAUGUAUUUCACCAGAACCGCCUGGCUUUGCUGUCAUUGGCCUCCCUCAACCAAAACUUCCUAUUUUUGUAUCUCUUAAUAGGUCAUUUUCAAAUACGCUUUAUUUCAGCCUAGGAUUUUUUUCUUGUUCUGUCUGUGUGCCAAAAGAACCCUGACUAAAGGAUCCUUUAGACCCCUUCCUGUAUCCUCUUUUUUCACCCCACGUAACAACAGUUCCUCCAACAGGGAGGAUGGCAGUGACCAAACUACAGAAUCGGGGCUUAAAACUCACUUCUAAUCCCAGUUUUGUCACCACCUUUUUGUCUAAAUUGAUCUCAAGUAUUAAAUAUUCUUUUCACUAACUUCAGGAGACGGGGACUGCCGACUGCCUGUUUACAUUCUUCUCCCUUUAGCCCAGGUUUUCCUCUACUUUUAUGCUAGAGUGGUUAUAUUGAGAACUUUGCUUGUUAAAUAGGAAGAAAAGGGAAGCCCCAAGUCUCUGGUCAGAACUUUGCCAAAUGCUGGGGACCGUACAAAUCCACAUAGACCAAUUUUGCUGGCCAAAUCACAUAUGUUGCCAUUAAUUUCUCAACUCCACCAUAAAGUACAUGGCUAUUUCAUUGAAUAUAGCCCUAUAAUUUAUGCCAAGUUCAGUUGGUAUUCUCCUAUUUUAAUGUUUCAUAGCCAAAUAAACGUCUGUCAACAGCAGAGACAGAAUCUGGACCACGUGCUGCUGAAAUAUGUGAAGGGCAGAUUCUGCUAGCUGAAUUACUGGAAUUCAGCCUCUGUGAGACAGCAAUAAUGGAGGGUGGUCUGACCCCAUGCUCCAAAUGGCCACAGUGCGCUCACUUUAUCCUUACACAUGUUUCCUAACGCAAAUUUUAAAUGUGAGAGUGGCCACAUGCUGUGUGCCCUGUUCAGAGCAAUUCCUAUUGGAUUUAAGGGAAAAUGCAGACAAAAGUUAAAGGACAGCAUAUGGACUCCCCAAAAUGCAUGCACGGGAGCAGCAUAUGUUGAUGACAGUUGUACAUAAAUUUAAGAAGUAGUGACAAUGGAGAAUGGGGGAAUGGUCUGCCAUGAAGUGGUACGUAUAGAAGGAUAGAUUUGUAUAACUCUGACUCACCGUUCUGAAACAGAUAGGGGUAGUCGUAGCUGCUCUCACUUCACUGUUACUUUGCCAGGGUCUGUCUUUCUUUCUUGGGGGAUCUCUGGAGCUCUAAACUGGAUGCACUGUUUACUAAUUUAGUAUGGCUGAUUUGUAUUUUUACUUUUUUAAACUAGUCUCUUGUGCCCUCGUGUUUAACAAGGUUUGUUUUUUUAAAAAAAGAAAAAAAUGUGAAUAUGACAUGUUGUGUUUGUAUCAAUCAUGUACUAGCGCUUACAAAUCUGUUAUCACAUCCUUUACGAAGUUCUGGCUGAGAAUGGGUCCAACUGAAUACGAGUCAACAGCAUGCUCUGGCAGCCCAAAGGGCCAACCAUGUCCCGGGGUGCAUCAAGCACAGCAUGGCUAGCUGGUCAUGGGAGGUGACUGUCCCACUCGACACUGCACUGGUGUGGCCUCAAGCCCUGUGUGCAGUUUUGGAUGCCUCAAUAUAAGAAGAACAUCAAACUUUGGAGAGUGUCCAGAGGAGGGCAGCCAAGAUGGUCAAAGGCCUCCAGGGCAAGACAUAGGAGGAGCGGCUGAGGGCACUUGCUUUGUUCAGCUUGGAGAAGAGAAGGUUGACGGGUGACCUCAUCACCGAGGGGUGACCUCAUCCCAGUCUACAGCUUCCUCAAGGCGGGCAGCAGAGGAGGAGCUGCUGAUCUCCUCUCUCUGGUGACCAGCAACCGGACACAGGGAAAUGGAAUGAAACUGCAUCAGGGGAAGUUCAGAUUGGACAUUAGGAAAAGGUUCUUCACUGAGAGGGUGAUCGGCCACUGGAAGAGGCUCGCUGGGGAAGUGGUCAUGGCACCAAGCCUGUCAGAGUUCAAGGAGCAUCUGGAUGAUGCUUUUAGUCAUACAGCUUUGUGUUAGGUAGUCCUGCAAGUAGCAGGGAGUUGGACUCGAUGAUCCUUAUGGGUCCCUUCCAACUUGAGAUAUUCUACAAUUCUAAGUAUUUCAAGGAGACAAAAUCUAUUAUUUAUUAAGGGAUCCUGGGGGUGGAGGGAGGGAAGCAGUAUCUUUCAUAAGGAACCAGUAUUCUCCUUUUCUCUUACAGAUUAAUUAAGGAAGUUUAACUGAAGAGCUCUUCUCCUGACAGCCCCUGGCUCUUUUCUCCCAGGCACCUUUCUCAAGGGACUAGAGGGAUAAUUAUGAAAUAUCGAUUUCUUGUUUUUCAGCCAGAGGAGGAAGCUGUCUGAAGUACAGUUCUUACCAUGAGUCUAGUGCAUUUUUGCUCCGUGGAGCAACACUGGCCUCUUCCUUUGUACCUAAGGUUCUUGGAGGAUACUUUUUCACUUGGCUUAAAUUCAUUCUUAUUUGGGUUAAAUUCUCUUAAGAGCCACAAAAAGACCCUUCUCAAAGCUUACAAGACUUUUAUAUUACUCAAGUCUGGUUUAACCAUGGCUUUGUCAUUCCCUUUUCAAUGGGUAUUCAAGCAACAACAAAAUCACUGGAUUCUUUUGUUAUAGAUGGUUUCCAGGGUCUUUUCCCGAUUCUUCACUUGCCUCAAAGGAUACUCCUGUUGUUCUGCAACCAAAUGGCAAAAAAAAAUCACAAGCCUCUCCCCCUACGUCCCACCUUAAGCUCAUGCUAAAAGGAUGCAAACACUCUACUAGUGUCUAAAGCCUUUGCUAUAAAAUUUUUUGUACCCAAGCUGGGUUAGAUCAGUUGUUCAAACUUCAGUGCCAAGGACCCCAUUAACUACAGAGAAAAUGUAAGCCAAAUGUUAAUACUUGCACUUCCUGAAUUCAACUUUAGCUUUCUAAACAGGACACGGACUGACUGAACCUGCCAGUGGCUUCAAGUUACAUAAUCUAAUUUUGAAAGAAUAGCCAUUGAUGUGUUACUUUAAAUAGCAGACUAUUCAAGAAAUUAAGACUUUACUAGCCCUUUAAAAAAAAUAAAAGUGCUUUCCUUUAUUUUACAGUUUUCUAAUUCCUCCAGCAUAGGUUUUCUUUUUAGCGUUUAGGUAUUUUAGCAAUAUCUGGUGUUUUCACUGGUUUCUGUGUUUUAUAUAUUUUACUCCUGUGCCCAGUAGGAGUAACAGUGUGAUACCUGUUUAAUUUGUCUGUACAGUCCUUUUUAAUAAAUGUU